AUUUGAAACGGUCUAGCGAUAACUUGUUCGGGCCUGGCGUGUUUUGCUGAGCCGGUCACUCACUACGGAGAAAUGAGAGGGCAACGGAGUUUUGGCGAAGAAGGAAAAGAGCUUUGUUUUCCAAUAUGUUUAUUUUUAAGAGUAAGCCCAUCCCUGUGGGUUGUGGCUUAACAAACGGUUGACUCUGAUUGGCAACUGAACCUGUGGGACGGGCCAACGGCCCUACCGCCUUUUUUUCUUUGUAUAUUUGGGCUAUAAAAAUCGGGACGACAUGCUGUCCCUCAGACUUGGCUGAAAUCAGGAUUGCUGAUAGAUCAGUGAGCCUCCGUACUAUGUACGUUAAAACGAGUCUGGGCUCUAACAGUCAUUGAGACAGUAGAAGAGUGAGACUUUGUUUCUCAAUUGUUCAAGUUUGUAAUGUAUUUGUUUUACCUGCCAUGUAUAUAGAAAAGUUCUCGUAUAAAUAUUUCUUGUACAUCUGAUCUCAUCGUUUCCUGCCUGCGUUUGAUCAACAACUGCCGAUCAUCAUCCGAGAAGCUUCAAGUUCCAACGGUGAAGCGAGGACGGAGAACGAACGAAACUUUACUGGCGCAGCACGACAGGAUCGGCAAGCCCCACAACGAGCAACGAGCAGCGAGCCAGGCGCAAGGAAUCAGAGGGCCACCAGCGAAUUCCGCAAGGGUUGCAAUUCAUCUGGACAAGGACGUCAGGCGGCGCCCCCAGCAGCAACGGGUGAGCGGGAUUCCUUGCGUUUUGUCUAGCUUGGCAUGGCUGUUGUUCAGUGGGGUUAAUGGUGUUCACGCGCAGAACAGCGAAUGCGAGUGAGGCUAACGUAAACAUUGAUACGGCAUCUGAACAAAGAGAGGGUCAGAGACGGCAGGAACUACAACGCAUCGGAGAGACCGAGUCUGAGACGUCGGAUACUGAAAUGGAUAGUGAGACGCAAGGAGCUUCGCAGGCUCCGAGCACGACAGAUCCAGAGGCCAUGGCGGUGAGACGCCUGGAGCUGGAGCUGGAAAAGGUGCGCCUACAGCUAGAGUGCGAGCGCAUUGCUCUACGGAGAGUGGAGCUCGAGCAGUCGAGCAGGCCGCCUUCGGAGUCGGAAGGAAGCGAUCGGCGCGGUGCCAUCACGGAUGGAAUAGCACAAUGUGCUAAAGUGCUUAAGGCAUACCGGUUGCCGUGUGACGCUGACGUUCCGAUAUGGUUUGAUGAGGUCGAAAAGUUGUUUACAUCUUUUCAAGUACCGGCACAUAGCCGGGUACAUUUGAUCAUGCCUGCGCUGGCCGAGCGGGUCCGUUAUCUGUUGCGUGGCCUUAAUGACGAGGAAUGUACAGAUUAUGAGACUGUAAAGAAGGCAGUAUUGGAUGAACUUAAGCUCACGCCAGCUAAAUACUUGGAGAGGUUUGAGAAGGCAUCUAAACGAAAGGAGGAAACUUGGGCUCAGUUCGCGUCCCGCGCUAGAACCUAUUUGGCCUAUUACCUUCAGUCUCGCACUGCAAACACCAAAGAAGCUAUGACGGAGCUUAUGGUCGCUGACCGUAUGAAAGCUAGUCUAAGCUCAGAAGCCCUAGAAUAUGUUCUUUUGCGGGAAGGCGAAGAUUGGUUUAAGCCAGUGGAGGUGGAAAAAGUACUCGAGACUUUCGAGCAAGCUAAAGGGAAAGGACGAGCAACUAAGCCAGCCGCAACAGCCUCAUUGCCGCAGCGCGCAAAACUAGCUGGCCCGCAGAGGACAAAUUUAAGAUGCCACGUGUGUCAUAUACAGGGUCACCUAGCCAGAGACUGCCCAAAAGCUUCAGAUAAAGAACCGCAGGGGAAGCCACCGACUGUGCAAAAACAAAGGGUACAGAAGGUUGCUGUUGUAAGUGAAGAACCUCCACCAGAGCAAGAAAGGGUGCUAAGCGCUAGAGUACAUGUCGUAGCUCAAAAUGCUAGCUCGGGGAGGUCGAAGCUGGACCUAAUCCCUAUCAUGUGCGGGGAUAUAGCAACGGAAGCUGUGUUGGACACAGGUAGUGAGAUAACGGUAGUCCGUAAAAGUAUGUUGCCCAUCGAUUUACAGGAGCCAUCACGAACAGUAAGACUUGAGUCGGCAUUCGGAAACACCAUUCGAGCUAAGCUAGCUACGCUGCCCGUAGGCAUGCAUCGCUCGGGGGCUGUGAUACAACCGCAGAGGAUCGAUCUGGUGUGCGCGGUUACCGACGAACUUGCAAACGGGGUUGACUGCCUGCUGUCAAAGGAAGAUUGGGAACUACUACGGGCGCAGGAAAAAGAGGAGUUUGGAGAGGAAAAUAUUCCGCGGGCAGGGGUCCGAUCAGUCGAAAUGGUCGAUAACACUGAGCCGGACUGCGGUCUAAGUUUCGAAGAAACGACAGAGAAAAUGCCUAAGUUGCAAGAGAAUAGUUUCAUACAAGAUGUCACUGGGGUGCCCAGUCAGCGGGAGCUAGAACUAGCCGAGAGUGUAGCUGAGUUGACAGGCACCGAGUGCCAGAGCAAAUAUGAUCUAGUUUACACUAGGAGGGCACGGACUAAAGAAUUUAAUGUCGGGGACCAAGUACUCCUCUUUGACACAGCCUUAGAGGCCUCUUCACUUCAAAUCAAGGACUCCUGGGAAUCCGCCCUCAAGUGUCGAGAACAUCUACAACAACUCCAGGCCAUCCAGAAGGCCCAUGAUGUUGCGGUGGGUCUCGGCCUGCCAGUCCUUUCAAGAUCGCAUGCUCGGGACGUUCUCGGAGGCGCACGGCCCUCAGACUCGCGUCGUGCCUCGCCUCGGCAAACCACCGCCCUCAGGCCGAACCGCCAAGCCCCGAGCGGCCACACUGCCAGAUGCUGCGCUUUUCCCCGUCUCCUCGUUCUCGCUGUGGCACUUCAAGCCAUCGCUCGCCUAGCCUCAGGCUCGCGCGUGCGUCGGCAAGAGGGGUUCUUCUGCAGCGGAGACAAGUUCGCCACGGGUCUCCUGCGGACCAUCAUCAGCGCCAACGUGGAAGUGAUCCGGAGGGCGGAGCCGAUUAAGCUCGGCGACGCCGACCACCUGGGCCUGCUGUGGCUGAGGAACGGUCGCGCCUACAACGUGCACACGGUGCGACCGUUCGGGCUCAUCGAGAGCGACUGCGACAGCGACGAUCUCUGGAUCAGGGUGGUGAUUCCGCUGGCGUUGGACGCGCCAGAGUUCCACUUCGACUGGGAGGCGCCCGGUGCCCUGAUGGGCGGCCUGUUCGUGCUCUCGUACGAGAAGAUGGCCGCCAACGUCACCAUCGAAGUUCCCAAGUUCAAGUUGCGCGGCCAGGCGCGCUCUCGCUUAAUCGAUUACCGAACGGUGGCGAGCCAGGGCCUGGCGUUCGGCAAACCGGGCAUCACGGGCGGCUUCUCAGCGGUGCUGGCGACGCUCUUCACGGCGCUCAAUUCUGUCUCCCCCAACGUGGUGGCCGACUUGCUCGACAUCCUGAUCCGCAGGCUGCUGCAGCGCUUCAUCCAGACCGUGUCCCUACCCUUCUAG